AUGGGGUAUGAGCCUGAUCCAGAUGCUCUUCGGUGGGGUCUCCAUGAUCUGGAGGUUUGUACACUUACAAAUGCUGGUUGUUGCAGCAGCGUAACGCGGUAUGAGACUGAUGCAGUUUCUCAAGGCUAUGUUAGAGAAGGUUACAAUCAGCCUUUGACUGGUUACGUUGACAACGAUGCGGUGAUCGCUCAGUUUUACCAAGACGAAUUGUCUAGAGUUGAUCGAGCCGAAGCCUCGGGGCUCAAUAAUCCUACUCGUAGUUCAGUUGUUGCACAAGACUGGCCUCAUCACCCUCAUCAUCAAGGUGGAUUGUCUACAGGGCAGGAAAAUCAAGGGGAAGUCAUUGAUAUUUCCAGGGAAAGUGACAAUCUUCGUAAGCAUAACGGUGACAUGGAAGGCAAGAGUGUUGCAAGGAGAGGGAAUCAAGGAGAACAAAGUAGUUCCCCAUCUCGUGAUGAUGACUCGGUUUGUUCUGUAGAAAUAGAAGAAGAAUCUUGGUCGUUGGAUUCUGAGGUUGGGAAGCGACUGAACCAGAUGAUACCGGUUGCUCAUGUACCGAAAAUCAAUGGUGAAUUACCGUCAGAGGAUGAACAGGUUUCUGAUCAUGACCGGCUAUCUCAGAGAUUACAGCUUUAUGGCUUGGUGGAGAACAAGAUUGAAGGAGAUGGAAACUGCCAGUUUCGGUCACUGUCAGACCAGCUUUACCGUUCUUCAGAACACCAUAACUUUGUCAGAGAACAAAUUGUUAAUCAGCUUGCGUAUAAUCGAGAGAUGUACGAAGGUUAUGUUCCAAUGGCGUACACCGACUAUCUUAAAGCAAUGAAAAAGAAUGGAGAAUGGGGUGAUCACGUUACUCUUCAGGCUGCUGCGGAUUUGUUUGGUGUUCGGAUGUUUGUGAUAACUUCAUUCAAGGACACAUGUUACAUUGAGAUCUUGCCUCAUUUGCAGAAGUCUAAUCGCCUUAUAUGUUUGAGCUUCUGGGCUGAGGUUCAUUACAACUCAAUCUAUCCUGAAGGAGAGCUGCCGAUGCCGGAGGGGAAGAAGAAGAAGAAAUAUUGGGUUUUCUGA